GCGUUCUUCCUCUACGGUUAUAUAUUUGAGUGCCACUACCUGAACGGCACCGAGCAGGUCAGGAUUCUGGAGAGGCACGUCUACAACCGGCAGCAGUUAAUGCACUUCGACAGCGAAGUGGGGAAAUAUGUGGCUGAUUCACCGCUGGGAGAGCGCCAGGCUGAAUACUUCAACAACAACACUGAGUAUCUGGAGUACACACGGGGUGCAGUGGACACGGUCUGCCGGUACAACUACGAGGUGUUUGAGCCCUUCACGGUGCAGAGGAGCGUGGAGCCCAAGGUGCGGGUGUCGGCGCUGCAGUCGGGCUCCCUGCCCGAAACGGACCGCCUGGCGUGCUACGUGACGGGCUUCUACCCGCCGGAGGUCGAGGUGAAGUGGCUCGUGAACGGGCGCGAGGAGACGGAGCGCGUGGUGUCCACGGACGUGAUGCAGAACGGGGACUGGACGUACCAGGUGCUGGUGGUGCUGGAGACCGUCCCGCGGAGCGGGGACAGCUACGUGUGCCGGGUGGAGCACGGCAGCCUGCGGCAACCCGUCAGCCAGCCUUGGGAGCCGCCGUCGGACGCGGGCAGGAGCAAGCUGCUGACGGGCGUGGGGGGCUUCGUGCUGGGGCUCGUCUUCCUGGCGCUGGGGCUCGUCGUGUUCCUGCGCGGUCAGAAAGGGCGCCCCGUCGCCGCCGCUCCAGAGAUGCUGAAUUAGCUGCUGCCCCGCCGAGCCGCUCCACCCGCACCCCCCGCAUCCCCGGCCGUCUCCUCGGCUCUCCUUCGGUCGGCCCUCCCCCCGUGC